ACACAUUCUCUCUCUCCACUCUUGUCAUUGUGAUUUAUCAUGAUCUUUUUAGCAUUCCCACCUCACACACACUCUCUUCAAGUCAAGCCAAAACAAAAAAAGAAAAGAUGAAUUCUAACCCAAGCCAAACAACCCACAUGGCCACGGUUAAAUUAUAUUUACAUCUUACACUAUACAAAAUUUCCAAAAUGCACCAAUAAAUAAAGGCACCAAACAAAGAUCAUACUCUUGGAACACCAUUACCCCAUUUUUUUCUCUUUCUCUUUUCAACUCUGAACCUUGCUCGUUAGGUUUCCUGUCUCUGCUCAGAGACUUCACAAAUCACAACCAUUUCUUUUCUCUAUCAUUUCCUUCUAUUUUCCUUCUAAAACCAAAAUACCUCCCAAACAAGAAACUUCAUUUUCCUUUCCUUUCUUUUAUUUUCCCUCAUUUGUUCUCUUUUGCUCAGAUCUAUAAUCAUAUUCAUAAUCACCCUUCUUUCUCUAUAGCCCAGAUCUUCAUUUAUCACAAGUUACAAACUUUUCUUCUGUUAGCACUGUAUAAAACAUGAGCAAAGAAGAAUUUUUGAAGAUACAGAAAUCUGUUCUUAAAGUGAACAUACACUGUGAUGGAUGUAAACAUAAAGUGAAGAAAAUCUUGCAGAAAAUUGAUGGUGUGUUUACGACUGAGAUUGAUGCUGAACAGGGGAAGGUGACGGUUUCCGGGAAUGUGGACCCGAACGUUCUCAUCAAGAAGCUUGCAAAAUCAGGCAAACACGCAGAGUUAUGGAGUGUACCCAAACCAAACAACAACAAUAAUAACAACAACAAUAACAACCAGAAUAAUCUUGUUAAUCAGUUGAAAAACAUGCAAGUUGAUAAAGGUAAUGGUGGUGGAAACAAGGACAACAACAAAGGUCAGAAUCAAAUUCAGAAUCAGAACCAGAAGGGUGGAAAUAGUAACCAACCCAAAGGUGUUCCACCAGGGUUGAAUCCUCAGCAGGUGCAACAGCUUCAGCUUCAGCAACAGAUGCAGCAACUGCAGCAGAUGAAAGGGUUUCAAGAUCUGAAUAUGGCACAGUUUAAGGGGAUGAAGAUGCCGGGUCCGAACCCGAAUCAGAAUCCUCCGAAUCAGAAUGCUAAAGGUGUUAAAUUUGAUUUGCCGGAAGAUGAGGAUGAGUUUAGUGACGAUGAGUUGGAUGAAUUUGAUGAGGAUGAUGAUGAGUUUGAUGAUGAAGAAGAUUUUGAUGAUGAGUUUGAUGAUAAGUUUGAUGAUGAAAUGGAUGAGUUACCACCGCCUAAUAAGAUGAAACCUCCUAUGGCUAUAGGGAGUGGCCCUCACAUGAUGAUGAAUGGGAAUCAUGCACAGCUUAUGAAUGCUAUGAAGGCUGCCAAUUUUAAUGGCGGAGGUGGUGGCGGUGGUGGUGGCGGUGGCGGUGGUGGAGGCAAUGGGAAGAAACCUGGUGGUGGUGGUGGAGGUCCUAUGCCGGUUCAAAUUCAUGGUAUGGGUGGUGGAAAGAAUGGUGGGGGCGGUGGUGGAGGAAAUAAAAUUAACGGCGGUUUACCGGAGGCUAAAAAUGGCGGUGGUGGUGGAAACAAGAACGGUGGUAAUAACAAUGGCAAUAAUCAGAAUAAUGGGGGUAAAAAGGGUAUUUCCAUGCCAAUGGGUGGUGGUGGUGGUGGUAAUGUUCAAGCUAUGAACAAUGGAUUUCCAAAAAUGAUGGGUGGCGGAGGCAGUGGAGGUGGUCAUCCUCACCCUUCUAUGGGUGGUGGUGGUGGCGGUCAUCCUCACCCUUCAAUGAUGGGUGGUAAUGCCGGGCAGAUGGGCAUGCCAAUGAAUCAAAUGGGUGGUAAUAUGCCUGCCGUUCAAGGCCUACCUGCAGGCGGCGGUGGCUUUCAAGGCGGUGGUCCGGGACCGGAAAUGAUGCCGGGAAACCCUUACCAACAACAACAGCAACAACAUCAACAACAACAAUUAAUGGCAGCUGCUAUGAUGAACCAACAACGUGGUGCAAUGGUUGGAAACGAAAGAUUUCAGCAACCAAUGAUGUAUGCAAGGCCACCACCAGCUGUGAACUACAUGUACCCUCCAUACCCUUAUCCUCCUCCAGAUCCUUACUCAAACUUUUUCAGUGAUGAAAAUACUUCAAGCUGCAAUAUCAUGUGAUCAACAAUGGUGAUGAUAAUUUGGUUCAAACUACCCUCUAAUUUAUGCAAUAUUAUACCAAUGGAACAUGAGUUUUUUAUUUUCAUUUUCUUUCAUUUGAUCCCUUUUUAUCUAAUUACCAUAGAGGGAUUAGUUUAUAGAUAUAUAUAUUAUAAGUUAUUAUCAGUACUAUCAUCAUCAUCAUCACAUAUGUUUAUAUAUGUGUUUAUAUUUUGGAAAUAGUAAUAAAAAGAUUUCAGAAUGAUAGAAUGAAAUUCCAUUUUUCUCUUUA